AUGAGGUUUUCUCAUUUCUUGAAGUAUAACGCUGUUCCAGAAUGGCAGAAUCAAUAUUUGGACUACGUAGAAUUGAAAAAUUUGAUAUAUACUCUGCAAGCUGAAGAAAUUAAACAAAAUGGAGGUAUAUUAGAUGAUAAUUUGACUAAUGCUACAGGUGAUGAAGUGGAUAUUGAUGACGAAAAUAAUGCAAUUGCAAACUCAUCAAGAACUGAUAAUUUAAAGAAUAGAUUAAAAAAUACUUUCUUCAGAGGAUCUUCAAAGAAACAUAAGAAUAAAAAAAUUUAUGAUAACAACAAUGAUGCAAAUAAAGAUGAUCUUGAAAAAGUAGAAAAGGGCCAAAUUAGUGAAGAAACUUAUGAAUUAGAAACAUUUGAUAAUGUAUCAAAUAGCAACAACAAUAAUAAUGUUAAUAACAAUAACAACGAAAUUGGUAUAACUAAUAAUAAAUAUAUUCCACAGAACACUGACAAUGGAGGAAAGAAAAUAACGAAUCCAUUCAAUAAAAAAUUGAAGGUGAAUAUAUUUGAAAGUAGACAUCAUUCUUCUAACUCUUCCGCUUCCUCGAGUGAUGAAAGAACAUUAUUUAGUCCAUAUGACACCUUUGUUAAUAAAUUACAAGAUGAAAGAACUAAAAUCGAUGAUUUCUAUAAAAGACAAGAAGCUAAAUUUUAUGAAAGGUUUAAUUCAUUGAAAAAGGAUCUAGAUCAAGAAGGUAUAACAAAUUUCAAUGAAGCUUUCCACCCAAUUAAUAGCCCCCAGAGAGCUCACAUACCGUCUUCUUCUCAGAAUGAUAUUGUACCAACUGACACUAUAAAUAAAGUCCUCUCCCACAAGACCAAUUCUUUCGAUUUGCAUAAAUCAAGUGAAUUUUAUCUUAGAAGUAGAUUUGAUCAAAAUGAUGAAGAAAUAUAUGAUGAGGAUGAAUUAGAAGAAGAUGAUUUUAAUGAAUUAGAUGAUACACAAGAAAAUAGUGCCCUUCUAAAUUAUUCUCAUGUUAAUAUCAAAUCACAAAAACUUUCAAUUUUAAAACACUCAAUUGUUAAUCUAUACAUCGACCUUUGUCAACUGAAGUCAUUUAUUGAUCUGAACCGUAUUGGUUUUGGUAAGAUUACUAAGAAAUUUGAUAAAGUGUUACAUAUGAAUACAAGACAAGAUCUGAUCCUAACUGGUGAGUUCUUUAAGGAAACAUAUGUUUUCCAACAUGACACACUAAAUUUUCUUAAUGAAAAGAUUCAUUCCUUGAUUGAAUUUUAUUCCUUAAUAACUAACAGACCUAAUGAAAUUGAGACUUGUAAGACAGAAUUGAAAUCCUCCCUCCACGAUCAUAUUGUUUGGGAGAGAAGUGUUACUUGGAAGGAUAUGCUAGGUCUUGUAUCGCAAGAUAAGAAUAUAAUAACUGAUAUUGAGGAAGAUGAAACUGCAGAAAAACAUGAUUCAAAACUAGAAAUUGAUUGCUUUUACUGGAACCUACCUAGAGAGAUUCAUUGGAAAUUUAUUAAUAUUACAAGAUUAGGUGUACCUAAAUUAUUCUUUACAACAAAAGCUGCCAAACUAGCAUUUAUUAUUACAUUUACAGGUAUUUUAUUGGGUGUUAAAACAUUCAAUGACCGUGUUGAAGGUCGUUGUAUGGCCCUAGUCGAAUGCGUGGCCUUUCUUUGGGCAAGUGAAGCAAUUCCACUACAUGUUACAGCAUUUUUGGUUCCACUUUUGACAGUUCUCUUCAAAGUUUUAAAAACAACUGAAGGUGACGUAAUGGGGGCCGCAGAUGCAUCUUCUGAAAUUUUAUCAACUAUGUGGUCUUCAACCAUUAUGAUUCUAUUAGCUGGGUUUACAUUAGGUGAGGUACUUUCUCAAUAUCAUAUAGCAAAAAUCCUUGCUUCUUGGUUAUUGGCUUUUGCAGGUACAAAACCAAGAAACGUGCUACUCAUGGCCAUGGGUGUGGUCUUCUUUCUAUCUAUGUGGAUCUCAAAUGUCGCCUCUCCAGUACUGACUUAUUCAUUAUUAGCACCUCUACUCGAUCCCUUGGACAGUGAUACGCCAUUUGCUAAAGCUUUAGUAAUGGGGGUCGCACUUUCUGCAGAUAUAGGUGGUAUGGCUUCUCCAAUUUCGUCUCCACAAAACAUUAUUUCAAUGGAGUACUUAAAACCAUAUGGAAUUGGUUGGGGUCAGUUUUUUGCCGUUGCUUUACCAUGUGGUAUACUUGCUAUGCUUUGUUCAUGGGGUUUAAUGUGUUUAACUUUCAAAAUCAAUACAACGAAACUAGAGAAAUUCACACCAAUUAGAACUAAAUUGACACUAAAACAAUAUUACAUCGUCUUUGUCACUCUAGGAACUAUUUUAUUAUGGUGUGUAGAAGGUCAGGUUGAAGGUGCCUUUGGUUCUUCUGGCCAAAUAGCAGUUUUACCAAUAGUAUUAUUCUUUGGGACUGGGUUACUAUCUACCAAGGAUUUAAACACAUUUCCCUGGUCAAUUGUUAUCCUUGCAAUGGGUGGUAUUGCUCUUGGUAAAGCGGUCUCAUCUUCGGGUCUACUGGUCACUAUUGCUACUGCAUUACAAAGGAAAAUUCAAAAUGAUGGUUUAUUUGCAAUUUUGUGUAUAUUUGGUAUCCUGAUGCUAGUUGUUGGUACGUUUGUUUCUCACACAGUUAGUGCAAUUAUUAUUGUUCCAUUGGUUCAACAAGUCGGUAACAGUUUAUCCGACCCAAAGGCAGCUCCAACAUUGGUGUUUGGUUGUUCUUUAUUGGCAUCAUGCGGUAUGGGUCUUGCAUCGUCAGGGUUCCCUAAUGUUACUGCAAUCUCUCUAACAGAUAAGAAAGGUAAUAGAUAUCUGGAUGUUCUUACGUUCUUAUCGAGAGGUGUUCCCGCAUCGCUUCUUGCAUUCCUGUGUGUCAUCACUGUCGGUUAUGGUAUUAUGAUAUCUGUUUUGCACGGAUCGACAACAGCCGUUACAACUACUUCCUCAUGA